AUGGAAGACCGGACCAGAUGCCUGGAGGAAGAUAAGAGCGAUCCAUCAGGAUCCAUCCCUCCUAGGACCGCGAGUUUACAAGUCUUAUCAGGUCCGUUCCUUGAUGGUGUUAGGAUUUAUUUGCCUGACCCAUUGAGCUGCGCUGAAGACAUAAAUCGACUUCUUGAAGACAGCGCAGUACAGUGCCUGGCACUCGGCGGUGUUCUCCACGGACACUUAAACUAUAAAGACUCUUCUGUCAGGAUGAAAAGUUUGCGACUGCAGGAUAUACAGCGGGGGCAGGCUUAAUUCCUCCACACCACGAAGGGUACACUCUUUAUGGCAUCUUGUCGUCGACUUAUGAAGCGGGUGCAUCAGAUAGUGCGCUUAACUUCUCCGCGCAUUUCCUAUGCAAUGCGUCUGCUUGCGAUCUUGUCACCUGCAGUGGGAAAUUUUACGAUAGUGCAUUCCUUGAAAUCACGAGUACUGCAUAAGGACCAACAUACACUUUUUUUUAAAAAUAUUUUUUUGUUCCAUGGUAACAAUCAUAUAUAUUUUUUAAAUCUCACUUGAUCUUUGAUAGGUCUAUUCUUAUUUGGAAAUGAUCCUUACAAACUAGUCCAAGU